AUUAACUUUCUUGGUAGGUAAGUAUAUAUACUUAUAGUUUUUAGUAUCAUGAGCCCGUAGGCAGUGAAUUUCUGGAACUUGUGCAUUUCAUUAAUUUUAUAUAAUUGACUACGCAUUUUGAGACUGACUCCAGAAUAAAAUAGUGAUAAAAAAUGCGUAACAUAUAAAAACUUCGCAUCCUUCCCGGAUUGGUAGGUAGAGGAUAGGUAGCAAACAUUUUCCAGAGCGGCCAUAACUCUGAAACACAAAGCUUAGGAUUAGUUUAAUAUUAUAUAUAUAUUUACAUGCCACGUACAUAUUUGGCAUUUUAACUUUUAUAAAACUAUUAAAAUUAUUCCUAAAAAUCUGCAUACAUACGUAUUUGGGUCGGUAUAUAGGUAACUUGCAAACGUUCAAUUCAAACACUUCGAAUAGAAACGGAACGUUAUGUAACUGACACUUUUAUUGAUUUGACUAGCGUACAACGAAACGUAAUUCAUGUCAUCAACUUGUCAGUCGUUAUCAGUUUCCCAAGGAUUUCCAUUUAUCGUGAAAAAUAUCGAGAAAAUGUAGAGAAAACACGCAAUUUUCUUAUUUUUUCAAGAACUAGACAUACAGUUAUCGAAGAUAUAGUCGAAGUUUCGUUAUUGAAUUAAUUCCUGUGUGUAGUUAGAAAUUAAAGCGAAAGAAAAUAGUUCAAAUAUUCAUACUUUUGCAAUCGAAUUGAUUAGUACCUUGUUAAUUAAGCUGCAUAAAUAAACUUGAUGAUGGAAGGAAGCACUGAUUCUAUAUCUGUUUUAUCGCCUGCCUUGGGCGGUUCACCAGCGGUUCUGUUGACUCCUGGGCGCACUAGGAACAUAGCCCAGGACAUGGAGGCUCUGAGAUUAUCCAGACAAGAUAAUCCUUAUCUUCAGCAAGUAAUGGCGAGCAGGGAAAGUUUGAUUGAGAGCCAUCAUGAAGAGUGCGAGUCGGAUGACACAAUACUUAUGUCGCAGGAAUUCGGCAGCACAGCAUUAGAUUUCGUGGAAGAUGACCCUCUUACACUAAAGGAGGUUCACGAGCACAUGAUUAGGUCUCCACCGCCCAUCAGUGCUUGGCCUCAUGAGUCGCUGUCGUUCCGCGCUUCGAGUGCCUUCGACUUUGACAGUCCUGCAUUCGGCGCCUACUCGGCGGACUCGCAGGAGCUCGUGGACGGGCGCUCCCCGUCCCGCGCGCGCCCCCGCGCCGCCCCGCGCCCGCGCUCGUCGCGCUCGGCGUCCCCGCGCUCGCACGACGCCGCGCUCUAUGGGAGGCCGCUCUCUUUACCAGGUGAAACCCACCUCCGAAAUGCCUUAUGCAAGAAGCAGAGCUCUCAAAGUGAAAGGUUCUCUUUGCUCCAACACCCUAAACCUCUGAGGAGACCACACUCCAACCGCAGAGAUGACGAUAGUGUUCAACUUGUGCAAGACAACGACAAGUAAUCCUGCGCUGUGCACUGAAUUCUGUGCUGUGCAUCGGAUUCUGUGCAUUCGGGUGUGCUAACUAUGUGCGUAUCGAUUUUAUGAUGGCCAAUUGUGCACUGAUAUGUGCUAGAUAGAUGUGUGUUUUUUUUUGUUAUAGAUGGGAAUUUGUGCUGUGCACAUUUUUUUUUUUUGGUAUUGAUAUUGUCGGAUUGUGUCCAAAAUGUUGAAGUGAUUAGCUGUGCGAUAAAUUCUGUGCUGGCAAUUAUCUGGGCACAUUAUGUAAUUAUUGUGCCGAGUAACUACAUAUGAAUGAAGGCAUAAAUUUUUUGAAUCGUGAAAAAUUUUCAAAGUUGGCAUAGGUAUCAGUUGAGAUGUAAUUAUGAAUUAGGUAGGAGAUGAAAAAAAUAUAGAAGAAACAUUUAAAUUAAAGAUCAUUCCAAAGAAUUUUUAUAAGUUAUAUAAUUAAUAUAUUUUUUGUUAUAUACUUUAUCGAUAUUGAUAUUUUAAAAAUAAUUAACUUGCACAUUCCAAUCGGUCGAAUUGCACGUCAGAUGAUUAAUUUGUUUUAUUUUGUCAUAUUGUCCUUAUUUUUAUUAUUAUACAUUCCUAUGUAUAUUUCCAUUUUAUUUUGUUUUCAAAUGUACGAAAAUUGUUUGGAGAUGGUAAUUCAGAAGCUGAAUUGAAUUUUCGAACGAAGUGAUAACGUUUCAUAAAAACGUUUUCAUUAUAUGUGCGUGUUUAAGACGCGAAGUAUCACAAUUUAAUCUAUAAAAUAUUCCGUGUGUGUUAUCAAUAUAGAAUUAGUCAUGUUUGACCAAAUAUAAAAAAUAAAUCAUAAAAUGCUCACCGUAGUACCUAUUGUUGCAAUUACCAAAUAUAAUUAGUAAUCAAUAAACAAAGAAUUUAAUCUUGUUUUGUCCAACAUUUAUUGAGAUUUGCGUGAAAAUAAUUAUAGUUAAAAACUUAAGAAUUACAUAGUUUAGAUUGUUACCAAAUAGGCUUUAUUAGGCGCCUCAUAGGAGUUAGUGUUAAUGCUAUAUAAAUUAAAAGUAAGAAAAUAAUAUUUUGCUAGAGAAUGGCAGCUGGCAUUGCAAAUUAGUGGUAAGAUUUAAGGCUAAACCUAUAUAUAUAUAUUGUUGAUUUUGACCUCUUUAAAAUUUAAUCAUGAGGUAAGGAAUUGACAUUACUACACGAAUGAUUAAAAAAUGUGUCUUUAGAUUAACCCAGAUUUUUACCUGUGUCACAUAAUUUACUGUGACACAGGUAGCGGUGUCAGUAUACAAAAAAAAAAAAAUAACGAUACUUAAGAAAUCAUCCUAAAAAAUUUAAAUUAUUUGUCUUAAUAUUGUCGAGUGGCGAAACAAUGUACUAGACUAUAUCUAUAUGCCUCGUUUAUGUUUAAUUGAUAGACCUAGAGUUUUACCUGUCGAAUUUUUUUUAUUAUUCUUAUUUGUCUAGAUAUCGUCGAGUGAUGAAACAAUGUACUAUAGACUCUCUUACACCAAGGUUCUUUCAACCGGCUUAAACUUACGAAAUUCGACUGCAGUUUCCAGAAAUGUAACGGCAUAUUGCUAGUCAUAAAUUCACAUCAUUUACAUGCCUAGCCAAUACUAGACAUCAAAAUAAAUUUCAAAUCAUAUCAUAAUAAAUUUAUUUUGUACCGUGUUGUUACCCACCUUUCACCGAUAAAGCCGUAGAAAUCGGUUUUUUUUAAUUAAUAAAUCUUUUACUUUUAAAAUUAGCAAAACAUCUUAUACAAUAAGCCUAUUUUUAUUGUGAGUAGCGAAAUAUUUAAACAAUGCCAUGAAGUACUUAGAAUUUUGAUUUUGAUGUUUCAAAUAUAAUAUUUACUUAAUUAAUGUUAGUGGCGAAAGUUGAAAACCCCAUAAUUAUGUAAAUUUGUAAAAAGUUUGAUUCACCGCGAUUAUGUAAGUUUGAUUAAGAUUAUUAAUAAUUUUUCACAUAAAAUUUUCAUCAAGUCAGUAAAUGGAUUUUAGGAGAGCUGCGAACAUUCUAUAGAUUUUAUUAAAGCUUAGAGCUAAAUAGAUAAAUGAUAGUAUUUCAAAUAAUAAAAAAUAUAGAAAGUGCGGGCAUAAUUUCAAUCAAUUUCCUUAUUGAUGGCAAUUUCUAAUGGUUUGAAGAGCUAUAAUGUUUUUAUAUUUAAAAAAGUGUAUUUAUUUCUUGUAUAUUUAAGUCUUGUGUAUUUACACUUAUACCAAAUAUGCUUAGGAAAAUGCAGGUACUUGUUUAUAUGCUAUAUUAAAUUUUUUUAAGUGUUGGUCCUUCUUAGGGGAAUUUAAUUUAUUCUAUACUUAUCGAAUUUGAUAUGCAAAUUUAUUUUUACUUUGUUAAAGGUAUAAAAACUAGCUUUAUUACAUGUGUGCUUAAGGUUUAUUCUACGUGAGAAUAUAUCGUUUUUUUACAAGUAUAUAUUGUGAAAAGAUUUCUGUUCUAGAGUCUAGCCAAAGAAAAGUCAAUAUUUAAACAAGGACUUUUUUAUUUUCGUAGAAACACUUGAAUAACGAGUGAAAGAAAUGUUUUAUUUUGUACCCUGCUCGAUAAAAUUGUUAAAAAAAAACCUAUAUUAAAUGCAAAACUAAAAUUAUU